CAUGAGACACCAGACAGUGUGAGUGAGGGGGUAUUUAUUCAAUAAGGGUCCAGCUCCGUGCACAUCAAACUCUGGUGACAAACUGGAGCUUGGUACUUCAGGAACAUGGGUUGCAAAAUGAGAUCCAUGCAUUUUGUGUUUUGGUGUCUUUACUUCAUGCUCCUUCACUUGUUUAGCACAGCACAAGAUGAGGACAUGAGAUUAAGUUGUAGGACAGCGCCAAGUGAUUUAGUAUUCAUACUCGAUGGAUCAUGGAGUGUGGAUGACAUAAACUUUGAGAUUGUCAAACGGUGGCUGGUAAAUAUCACCAUGAGCUUCAACAUCGGUCAGAAGUUCACCCAGGUUGGGGUGGUGCAAUAUAGCGACGACCCCUUCUUGCAUAUACCCCUGGGAAAGCAUUUCUCAAGUAGUGACCUCAUCAAGGCCAUGGAAUCCAUAGAAUACAUGGGUGGGAACACGAACACAGGGAAGGCUAUCAAGUUUGCCAACGACAAACUCUUCGCCUUGUCUGAGAGAGGUCCGAAUGGCAUUGCAAAAAUCGCUGUGGUUCUGACGGACGGGAAGUCACAAGAUGAAGUGCUGGCAGCUGCAGAAGCUGCGAGGAAAAAGGGGAUAAUUCUCUUCGCAAUUGGUGUCGGUUCUGAGACCGAGGAGGCAGAGCUCAGGGCCAUUGCCAACAAACCAUCCUCAACCUAUGUUUUUUCUGUGGAAGACUAUAAAGCUAUUGCAAAGAUCCGUGAAGUUAUUAGGCAGAAGCUGUGUGAAGAGACUGUAUGUCCAGCAAAGAUUCCAAUCAAUUCUCGAGAUGAGAAAGGAUUUGACAUACUCCUCCAUCUCAACUUGGCUAAAAAAGCUCAAAAGACACAAGGAUCUUUUUAUGGCAGCAAAGCCUACCAGGUGACAUCCCGAGUUGACCUGAGUGAGAGCACCAGGAUGUUAUUUCCAGGCGGACUUCCACCAUCCUAUGUUUUUGUGGCCACGCUGAAGUACAAAGGCUCCGUGGUUAUGGAGGAGUGGGAUCUAUGGCGGAUACAGACUAAGGAUGAAAAGCCUCAAAUGGCUGUUACUCUGAAUGGUCUGGACAGAACAGUGAUGUUCACCACCACCACAAGCAGCACACCAAGCGGAACUCAAACUGUGGUCUUCACUAAACCACCUGCUAAGAAACUAUUUGAUGAAAAAUGGCAUCAGCUGCGUCUUCUAGUGACAGAGGAAGACGUCACUCUGUAUGUUGAUGAUUUGGAAAUCGAAACCUUGGCACUGGAGCCUCCUGAUGGUAUUUUUAUUAAUGGAAAAACACAGGUUGGGAAGUACGUCAGCAAAGAAACAACUGUACCUUUUGAAAUACAAAAACUCAGAAUCUACUGUGACCCUGAGCAGAAUAACAGAGAAACAGCCUGUGAAAUACCUGGAGUUGAUGGAGAGUGUGCUAAUCGACCAGGUGACAUUGAUCCAACCCCAGAGCCAUGCAUCUGUCCACCUGGGCCAUCUGGUGCACCAGGAAUGAAGGGAGAACGGGGGACAAUAGGAGAUCCGGGUCAACCUGGCCCAGCUGGUGCUGAUGGGUCUCAGGAUGAAGUAAAAGUCAGCCAGCCCGAAUUCAAGGCACGUGCUGCUGACUGA